CGAAAGUAAAAGUCAAUUUGCUGUCAAAAACUGUGGUACUAGAUCUCGCGCAGCUGAUCGACAAACUGCUGUCAUACAUAAUAUUAUGCAGUGCUGAUAUUUUAUUACUACUUAACUAGUGGACCUGUUCGGAUUGCGUUUGUGUGACGAGUGAAAAAGUCCAGGUCCUCAAUUCAGUGAUGCUUCAAACGUGACCAUAUUAAUGUAAAACGUCACCUUUAGCUGCAUCACGAGAAAUAUCAUCACUUCUAUGUGUCAUUCUUAUAUUAAAAAGUGAUAAUCCGUUUCUCAUGUACCAGCCACAAACGUAAAGUUAUAUAUUUGAAGAGACAUUCUAAAGAAUUCGGUAUUCCUUGAUAGUUAGGCAUAACGAAAACGAAGUGGAUGUUGACAGGAGGCUUAUUAGCCGUAGUGAAAAAAUUGUUAGCGGUCUCAGCCGUCUGUAAACAGACAAAGCAAAAAAAAAAAUAAUGUCACCAAAAGGACAAUUACAAUUCCAUAAUAUGCUAUGGCGGAGCAAUGUAGGUACACGUAUUUCGAUAAGAGAUAACAUCGAUAAAUACCGCAGAGCUCAUCCAAACAAGAAACCAUUGGUUUUAGUGGACCUGAUGUUCGUGGAUCAAAUACCUAUUCCUGGAAACAACCGUGACAGAAAAAGACGAAACAUUUGUGGGCCAAAUUUAGUUGAUUUGGAACACUAUGAACAUUUUUUCAAAUUUCUUCAAGGCGAAUGUCAGGCAGAUGUUGUAUUUUUCGUCGAUGGUCCCGGUCGGAGUAACACCUCUAGCGAUUUCAAUACUGAUCAGAGAAAAUCUAAGGACCGCCGUUACGAAAACGACAUAAACGUCAUAGAUAUGCUGACCGCAGAAAACUUCCAAGCUAUCAGAAAAAUCCAGCACAUUCCCACAGAUCGAGUACUGAUGGAUUCUAUUGAAACAUUGGCAAAACAAUAUGGUACACUAUGGCACUCAGUACAAAAUAAAAGAUAUUUAGAAAUAGCUAAAUAUGCUCAAGAAAUGAAAGCAAUCGCAGUUUUGGGUAAAAAAUGCCGAUUCAUUCUUCUGGCGGAAGUAAACUUUUGGUAUUUGACACAUCUUGAUGUUACAUCAAUGGAGACAAUAGAGAUAGACCCUGCAAAUCUCGGACAAAUCGGGCUUGAAACGCCAGAGAAACGUUGUUUAAUGGCUUCACUUCUUUCUAAAUCAUUUAUCUUUAAAUGGACUGCAACUAACAUUUCUUAUCUGCUGAACUGUCUUAGUGUUCUGCAAGCACUACCUGAAAAUAUCGCGCGUCAGCAGUACUGUGAUGUUGCUCGUGCCUUAUUCAAAGAUUCAUAUUGUGAUGCACUAGUGGAAGAUUUAAUCCAGUCAUGUGAACAACAAAACUUAAAAUCAAUCCAGUUAUCAGUACAACCGAAUAAUUUAUCAACUUGGGAAUACGAUAUCAUAAGCAAUAGCAUAUCUAAUAUUACCAUCAGGCUGAAUGAUUAUCGCUAUUGGGAUGCAAAGGGUGUAAAGUUUUCUGAGCUGCUUACGGGAUUUUAUGCUCGAGCAGCCGGCGUACUUUUAACUCGCAAAAACCAACGUACCCCUCAGUCAAGACAAUUAUUCAUCAAACAGACCCACGAAUCAUUUUUCAACUACCAUUCAUUAGACGUGCAAUAUCCAGAUUUCAAAAUUAUGAAUUCGCAAUUGGAUGCUGGUACCGAUCUUACAGAAGAAAAUAUAAACUAUUUACAAUUUGUGUUUGGCGUAGGAGAUUUGCCUGUUGAACGAAUUAACCGUCUGAUAAAUUUGCAUACAUGGAAAUUGUUAGACUAUAUUACAGUGUACUUCAUGCUUAAGAUUAUGUUAUUUUUUCAGAAAAAAAUUAUAUCAUCCACAAUCGCCGACAGUCUACUAUUGGCAGUUGAAAAUUAUUCAAAUCAUAAUGCCGAGCUCGAUGGAAUUCCACCCGAAUUGGAUAUGGAGAUAUUUCACGUGACAUUCAUGUAUAUUCGCUGGAGGCAUUAUGUGCGGCAAUCUCUCAUUAUAUGUGGCAUACCAGAAGCAUUAAUUGAUAAUCGAUGUCGUUUGGACGGUGUAAAAAUUCAAAACAUUUACCAGAACCUCAAAAUGCACCCAGAAGAAAUCCAUAAAUAUGAUAUUGGAGGUUCCGUCCAAAAUGACCGGUUUUAUGACUAAGAGUAAGACUGAUUGUUCAGAGUAGACAUCAGAUAUAUUAUUUUUAUAUUCAUUUAUCUCUCAUUUCAUUAUAAUAUUUAAUAUCAACCUACGGCGUGACCAGUGACGUACCUAGAAACUGGACGUGACCUAUCCAUUUCAAUAAAUCUAUAUGGCAAGCAGUCCAUAACUGAGAAAA